AAGUGGCCAACAAAUGUAGAUAAAAUCACACACAGAUAUCUAGGUAGGAAAGAAAAAGAAGGAUUGAUAGAUCUAGGCAGGCUGGAAGAAGCUCUAGAGCCCUAGAGAAGAGAAUAGAUAGACAAUGGGGUCUGAUGCGAGGCCUGGCGGCUUCGAUUGCUUGGAAGAGCUAGUGCGGCACAAGGGAUGCGUUGUCAAGGAUGGCGGAUUUGCAACGCAGCUGGAGAAGCACGGCGCUCUCCUCAACGAUCCGUUGUGGAGCGCGCUCUGCCUCAUCACCAAUCCGGGCCUCAUCGCUAAGGUGCAUUGGGAGUACUUGGAAUCGGGAGCGGAAGUUCUUGUCACAUCCUCGUAUCAGGCCACACUUCAAGGAUUUCAGUCUCGUGGGAUCAGUCUGGAAGAAAGCGAAGCUCUUCUCCGCAAAAGCGUGACGCUGGCUUGCGAAGCUCGGGAUCGGUUCUGGAGGACAAAGAGAGCUCAAAAAGCUGAGAGAUUUAAUCGUCCUCUAGUCGCAGCUUCGAUUGGAAGCUAUGGAGCGUUUCUAGCAGAUGGUUCCGAGUAUAGCGGUGACUAUGGUCCAGGAAUGACUCUAAAAAAGCUCAAAGAUUUCCAUCGACGAAGGCUUCAAAUUCUUAGCAGCUGCGGCCCAGACUUACUUGCCAUCGAAACAAUUCCCAGCAAACUCGAAGCUCAGGCUUUUAUCGAGUUGCUCGGAGAGGAGGAUAUUGACGUACCAGCAUGGAUAGCAUUUAGCUCCAAAGACGGGAAAAAUGUGGUGUCUGGAGACAACUUCUCGGAAUCCAUAGCCAUGCUCGAUAAGUGUGACAAAGUUGUGGCUGUGGGAAUCAACUGCUGUCCUCCACAUUUUGUGGAAGGACUUAUUCACGAAGCUCGCAAGGCUACCUCAAAAACAAUCGUGGUUUAUCCUAACAGUGGAGAGCAAUAUGACCCGAAGACCAAACUUUGGAAGCAUGAAGAGAAUUGUGAAAAGGAUUUUAUGGCGUUUGUCAAAAACUGGAAGCGAGCUGGGGCUAAUGUGAUUGGUGGCUGCUGCCGAACGACUCCAGACACAGUGAGAGGUAUUUGCUCGGCAAUUUUUUGAAACAUAAACCCAGCCAGCUCUCAAUUUUGUAUAACUCAUAAAAAAUAUGUUCACUCAAACGCAAAUCUCAGAGGCUCUAGAUAA